AUGAAGGGUCUCACGCUUUCCGCCCUCCUGGCUCUCGCACCCGCGGCGCUUGCUGCAUGGCCCGAGGCCGAGGGAAAGACGAUCAAGUACACGUCGGUCCCUGGGUACUUUCUGCAGGACGCCAACAGCACCGACCCCUCUGGUUUUGACUACGCUUCCGUCAACUUCGGCCUGAUCAACAGAACAUACCCGACGGACAAGCAAUUCGACCCCGAGGGCACCAAGACCCAAUGGCAGCGCUUCGAGCGUUGGGUUCAGUACCUGACCUCGGGCUGCCGCAAGAGCGACAGUGUCUCGUACAAGCUGCUCUUCAUGGGACGUCACGGUGAGGGUUGGCACAACGCUGCUGAGUCUUUCUACGGCACUCCCGCCUGGAACUGCUACUGGGCUGAGCAAGACGGCAACGGCACCGCUCGCUGGGCCGAUCCUCUUCUGACCCCGGCGGGCGAGGCAGAGGCGUACAAGGCGAACGCCUACUUCAAGGACCGGUUCGAGACGCAGAAGAUGCCCUACUUCGAGUCCUACUACUCGAGCCCCUUGAUCCGCUGCGGGAUCACCGCCAACAUCACCUUCGGCGACAUCCCGCUGCCCGAGGACAGGCCCUUUAUCCCGACCGUCAAGGAGGGCUUCCGCGAGGGCAUGACGGUGCACACGUGCAACUGGCGCUCCAACAAGACAUACAUCCACGACAUGUUCCCCUCCUACCAGUUCGAGGCGGGCUUCACCGAGUAUGACGAGCUGUGGCGCCGCAACGAGAGCGAGACCACCGAGGCACAGAACGCGCGGUCCAAGGCCGUCCUCGACGACGUCUUCCGUACCGACGGCAAGACCUGGCUCAGCAUCACGAGCCACUCGGGCGAGAUCACCAGCCUGCUGCGCGCCCUCAACCACCGCGCCUUCCGCCUGUCGACCGGCCAGAUCAUCCCCGUCUUCGUCAAGGCCGAGGUCGUCGAGCCGCAGCCGGAGCCGACCUUUGCGGCGCACGAGCCCUACCCGACCUGUACCAGCCCGCCGAUCACCAGCAACGCCGCGCAGGGAUGUGUAUGCUCGACGGCUACGUCGGCGCUCCUCCCGGCAGCCACGCUCAUGGCUGCGGCGUAG